AUGACCGACGCCAACAAAGCCCGCUUCAACGCCGAAGCCGCGCAAUGGGACUCCAACCCCGACAUUCAGCAAGCAACUCGCCUAGCGCACAAAGCCUAUCUCUCUCAUCUUCCCUCCGACCCUGCCAUCCUCUCAACCUACGACAUCCUCGAUCUGGGCUGCGGCACCGGCCUGCUGUCGCUAGCCCUCGCGCCCUCAGUACGCUCCGUCACCGCUGUUGACGCAGCCGAGGGCAUGAUUGGCGCCCUAGAAGCCAAGCUGACUGCUGAAGACGCAGCCAAGAAUGUAUUACCUAUAUGUGCGAUGCUCGAGGACCCGGAUGAUGAGAGGAUUGCUGUGGAUCCCGUGACGAAGGAGAAGGUGACGGGGAGAAGGUUCGACGUGGUUGUGUCGCAUUUGGUGCUGCAUCAUAUUUUGGACCUGCGCAAGCUGUUUGCUACGGUUUUCGGGUGUGUGAAGAAGGGGGGUAAGGUAAUGGUGACAGAUUUUGAGAACUUUGGGCCUGAGGCGAGGAAAUUUCACCCGGAAUCGAAGAUGGAUGGCGUAGAGAGACACGGGAUUUUGAGGGAUGAGAUCAAGACAGUGUUAGAAGAGGCAGGAUUCGUGGACGUUAAGAUUGAAACGGCGUUCGAGCUGGAGAAACAAGUCGAGACGGAACCAGGCAGCGGGGUGAUGGGCCCGACAAUGGUAUUUCCCUUCCUGAUUUGCGAGGGUACGAAGUUGUAA